GGCGGCAUGGCCCGGGCGGGCUGGGCGCCGCCGCGCCUGGACGAGUUCAUCCUCACGGAGCGGCUGGGCAGCGGCACCUACGCCACCGUCUACAAGGCCUACAGGAAGAAGAACACUCGCGAGGUGGUUGCUAUCAAAUGUGUCAACAAGAAGAACCUGAACCGGGCGUCUGUGGAGAACCUGCUGACUGAGAUUGAGAUCCUGAAGACCAUCCGCCACCCGCACAUCGUGGAGCUGAAGGACUUCCAGUGGGACAGUGACCACAUCUACCUGAUCAUGGAGUUCUGCGCCGGGGGCGACCUCUCCCAUUUCAUCCGCAUGCGGAGGAUACUCCCGGAGAAGGUGGCGCGCAUCUUCCUGCAGCAGCUUGCCUGUGCCCUCAAGUUCCUCCAUGAUCACAACAUCUCCCACCUGGACCUCAAGCCGCAGAACAUCCUGCUCAGCGCCCCAGAGAACCCCCAGCUCAAGCUGGCAGAUUUUGGCUUUGCUCAGUACAUGUCCCCAUGGGACGAGAAGCACGUCCUGCGGGGCUCCCCGCUCUACAUGGCGCCGGAGAUGGUGUGCUGCCAGCAGUACGACGCGCGGGCGGACCUGUGGUCGGUCGGCGUUAUCCUUUACGAGGCGCUUUUCGGGAGGCCGCCCUUCGCCUCCAGGUCGUUUGCCGAGCUGGAGGAGAAGAUCCGCAGCGACCGGGUCAUCGAGCUGCCCAGCCGGCCCCGGCUCUCCUCGGAGUGUCGGGAUCUCUUGCAACGCCUCCUGGAGAGGGACCCCUUGAAACGCAUCUCCUUCGAGCAGUUCUUCGCCCACCCCUUCGUGGACAUGGAGCACAUGCCGAGCCCGGAGAGCCUCGGCAAAGCGACCAGCCUGGUGGUGGAGGCGGUGAAGAAGGACCAGGAGGGGGAUGCGUCAGCCGCGCUCUCGCUCUACUGCAGAGCCCUGGAGUAUUUUGUGCCUGCUCUGCACUAUGAAAGCGACGCUCGCCGGAAGGAAGCCAUCCGGGCAAAGGUGGGGCAAUACAUCUCCCGGGCAGAGGAGCUGAAAGCGCUGGUCAUGUGCGACAGCAAGAGUCUCCUGCAGCAGGGAAACCCUGCCAGGCAGAUCCUCAGAGAGAUGGCCAAGGACAAGCCUCGUCUCUGUGCUGCGCUGGAGAUGGCUUCCGCAGCCAUCGCGAAGGAGGAGGAGGGCAAAGACGACGGGGACGCCCUGGAGCUCUACCAGCAGAGCCUGGGCGAGCUGCUGCUCGUUCUGGCUGCAGAGCCGGCGGGGAGGAGACGGGAGCUGCUCCACGCGGAGAUCCAGAUGCUGAUGGCCCGAGCCGAGUACCUGAAAGACCAGAUCAAGAUGCGGGAGGCGCAGUCCAUGGGCAAGGAGGCGCUGGCGGAGUCCGUCCGGAGCUCCUGCACGUUGCAGUGAGGCCCGGGGGAGCCGGCCGGCGGCAGCGACGACGGCCGCGGCGGGGACGGUUCGGCCGGGCCGGGACGCGGGCGCUCGCCCGCCAGGUUGGUGCGCGGCUCGGCCAGGCUUCGCGUAGCCCCGCGCCGCCCCCCCGGGAUGGCCCCCGCGGCAGCGCGAGCCGCGGCGCACGCGGCCGUCGGAGGGGAGGAAAGGAGAGGCUUUCGCGCCGGAGGCGUCGGGGAUCCUCCGCCCUUCCUUGCGCUGCCGGCGGCUGGGGAGGCCGGGGCGGGCGACCGGAUGGCGGAGGUGGCAGCGCUGCCUUUCCUUGCCGUUCCCCGCUCGCUCCGGCCGAUCCUUUCGCCCUGGCUCUCCGUUCCCUGGAGAGAGCCUCGCGCGUGGAUGUGCAGGACCAUCUGCCCCUGCCCCUCGGGGAUAUGUUAACUCGUUUCUCCGUCAUGAGGAGUUCCCCGCGGGCCCUGCCUCGAACGUCUGCUGAAGCAGCCUCCCGUGACCGCAGCAGGCGGGUUAUUCCACUCUAAUUCCCUCUGCUGGCUAAAACGGGAUGAGUAUUUUUAUCUUGCCGUUGGACUCCUGCAGAAUUCCCCCCGCUGCGUGCAGGCUCCCCGCCGGCCGUGCACGUCUCCUGCCUUUUCGGCUGGAUGUUCCUUAUCGCCGCUCAAAUUCUUUCGGAGGCGAUCUUCCCCCCAGAUCCUCCCUCUGCCUCGGCGGCGCUGGCCCCCGCGCGGCUCUGUCCUGACCCGAGCGGGCACAGGAGAAGCAUGUGGCUGGCGCAGAGCAGCACACGGGCGCCAGCUCGCACCCACGGGGGAAAAAAUGCUUCGCAGCAUCUUGUCAAAAAAUCAGCGAUAUUUACGGACCUCUGACUGCAGCGGGGAUCAGAGCCGGAGGGCUGCGUCUGCUUUCGGAGCUCGCGUCCGCUGCUGUUUCUCUCCGCGGCCCGUUGGCUCCGGGACGGCGUUGGCAGCUGAGACGGUGGGAAGCAGGACCGGGAUGCGCCGCCGCCCGGGGAGCCCGCGGCAGGAGCCCGCGGCCGUGCCUUCGGCGCCGCACCGACUACCUCUGCGCCCGCCGCAGCUGCCCCGUCUCCGGCCUCGAGCGCUCGGCUGCGCUGCUCCGUCCCAGCUGACAGCCGGUGUCAGCCGCCAGCGCCUGCUGCCCCGCAGCCCUGCUCCCCGCUCGGGGCUGGCGCUGGCUAUCGCCGGGUCCUGCGAGCCCACCCCCUCCUCCUCCUCCUCCUCCGUCACCGCGAGGCUGAGCGGGGACCUGACCGGGGCGACCCCCCAGCGCUGUGCGGACCCCCCGUGCCCGUGCCCAGGGCACAAGUCGCUUACGGGAGCAGCGGGGUCUGCGCAUCUCGUGAAGCAGGGGGCCUUCCUCCGAACCUGCUGUACUUCCAGGGAAUGUAAUUUAUUGUCUCUAUUAAAUACCUUUCCUUUUUUUCCUCCAA